AUGAAUGUCCCUUCUCCCAUAUCUCAACCUUCUUCGAAACUGAAAAUGAACUCCUUUGUCCAAUCCAACUCCUCCUUCAGACUUGCCAAUAGCAGCCCGAAAAAAUUAGAAAACCGCAAUCCUCAGGACAAUGGGCUCAAGCGCAAGGCAUUGGCAUCCAGAGACACCAACAAGAAGCACACGAAAAUAAGCAAGGAUUGGAUGGAAUAUCAAGGAAUCAACGGAUGGGAAGGCUUGCUCGAUCCUCUAGAUGACAAUUUACGUAGUGAGAUUCUUCGUUAUGGUGACUUUGUCGAAGCCACCUAUCGUUCCUUUGAUUUCAACCCUUCUUCACCUACUUAUGCUACUUGUAAAUACCCUAAGAGCUCACUCCUCACCCGCUCAGGGAUCCGCUGCAGCGGAUACCGGGUCACGAGGAACCUAAAUGCCACUUGUGGUGUUGAGUUGCCUGCUUGGCCUGUGAGAGUCCCGAGCUGGAUGUCCACUCGAUCUAGCUGGAUUGGGUACGUGGCAGUUUGUCACGACAGGAGAGAGAUUUCAAGGCUGGGAAGGCGAGAUGUGGUGAUCGCUUUCCGGGGCACCGGAACUUGCUUGGAGUGGAUCGAGAACCUGCGUGCUGCCCUGACAUGUCUGCAUGGCAGUGGCGUUGAUGAUGGGCCCAUGGUGCAGAGCGGGUUCUUGAGCCUGUACUCUUCGAAGGCUUCCAAGCGCCAAAGCUUACAAGACACGGUACGAGAAGAAGUCAGAAGAAUCAUCAGGAUGUAUGGUGAAAAGCCCCUCAGCUUCACGAUCACAGGUCACAGUCUAGGGGCAGCGCUGGCUACACUUGCCGCUUACGACAUACACAACACCUUUGCAGAUGCCCCGAUGGUGACAGUUAUAUCGUUCGGGGGCCCUCGCGUGGGGAAUAAGAGCCUUGGAUGCCUCCUAGAAAAGAGCGGGACCAACAUAUUGCGCAUCGUGAAUUCAGAUGAUCUGAUCACCAAGGUUCCCGGGUUCGUCAUUGACAACAACAAUGGUACAGUAGACCACAGGGAUGCAACAAAUGCACCGGGCCUUCCAGGCUGGUUAAAUCAGCGAAUGCAGGACUCACAGUGGCUCUAUGCUGACAUCGGACGAGAGCUUAGGCUCAGUAGCAAAGACUGUCCAUACCUCUAUGACAUCAACGUCGCGACCUGCCAUGAGCUCAAGACGUACCUUCAAUUAGUCAGCGGUUUUGUGAGCUCGAAGUGCCCUUUUAGGGCUACGGCGAAGAAGGUGCUAAGUAUGCGUUCCCAUGGGAGUCGAAGCUGAUCCAACGGCAUUCUGACAUUGUGUGACCUUAGCUUAGUCUGAACUAACAGGAGACGACUAGCUAGCUAGAAGGUUGUCAAGGAUUAAUUAUUACUUUGACUGUAUCUAAUUAAGUUAUAGUUUGUCACCCGAAAAUACAUUGUAGUAUAUUUAUUUAUUUAUUUAUUUUCUUAGUACAAGGUUGUCCACGAAUCAUAGUCGAACAGAAACAAAGCAUGCAGGAGAAUUCCCACUACAGCGAA